GACGCGGAACCGGGGCGCAGCGGGAGCCCGUUCAGGGCGGGCGCGGGGCGGCGGCGGCGGCGGCGGCGGCUGUCCAUGCGGCGGGCUCGGGGCUGCCCGGCGCCGGGAACCACGCGGGGGCGAGGCGAGGCGGCCGCCGGCCGCUCCGGGACGCGGACCGCCAGGAGUUGAAAACCACUCCCAUCUGCAGAAAAUUGGCAACAUCUCUGAGGAGCCUUUGGUUUUCCUGGGACCCCCAGCAUCAUGGUUCCCCAUUUCAUGGGGUCUCUCAGUGUCCUGGGUUCCUUCCUGCUGCUUGGAUUCCAGCUCGUCUGCCCACAGCCCUCCACUGAACACAGAAAGGUCCCUCAGCGGCUGGUGGCGGCGGCCGAAGGCGCCCCGGAGGACAGCGGCGGCGGCGCCCCGGGCGUGUGGGGCGCCUGGGGCCCCUGGUCGGCCUGCUCGCGCAGCUGCAGCGGCGGCGUGAUGGAGCAGACGCGGCCCUGCCUGCCCGGCUCGUACCGCGCGCGCAGUGGCCCGCGGCCCGGAGCCCCGGCGCGCGCCUUCGCCGGCCACGUGGUGUCUGCCGUGCGCACGUCGGUACCGCUGCACCGGAGCCGCGAGGAGCCGCGCGCCCCGGCCAGCCUCAACGCCAGCCGCCAGGGCCCGGUGCUGCGGGGCAGCCGGCACCCGCAGGCCCGGGGCCGCGAACCGACGGGGGAAAGAAGGAGCAGGACCCAAGGUCCCAUCGGCCCUGGCAAGUAUGGCUAUGGUAAGGCGCCGUACAUCUUACCACUGCAGACGGACUCUGCACACUCACCGCAGAGGCUUCGGAGGCAAAGGCCCUCAUCUCAGCAUUCCAGGUCCCAGGGAGCAUCUGGUCCUAGCCAUGGCUACAGCCCGCCGGCCCACCGGGCGCCCCAGCAUGGGUCUCUGUACCAGAGUGACAGUGGCCCUCGUUCUGGACUGCAGGCCUCAGAGGCCUCUGUCUACCAAGUGCCUUUGACCCAUGACCAAGGCUUCCCUGCAGCUUCAAGUCUCUUCCAUAGCCCGGAAACAGGCAGCAGCCAUGGCGUGGGGGCACACAGGGCAGCUCAGAGCUUCUCCCAGCCUGCCCGGUCUACAGCAAUCUCCUGCAUUGGGGCCUAUCGGCAGUACAAGCUGUGCAACACCAACGUAUGCCCAGAAAGCAGUAGAAGCAUCCGAGAGGUACAAUGUGCAUCCUACAACAACAAGCCAUUCAUGGGCCGAUUUUAUGAAUGGGAACCAUUUGCAGAAGUGAAGGGCAAUCGGAAGUGUGAGCUGAACUGCCAGGCAAUGGGCUACCGCUUCUACGUACGGCAAGCUGAGAAGGUCAUUGAUGGUACCCCCUGCGACCAGAACGGCACGGCCAUCUGUGUGUCUGGGCAGUGCAAGAGCAUUGGCUGUGACGACUACCUAGGCUCCGACAAAGUCGUGGACAAAUGUGGGGUGUGCGGAGGCGAUAACACGGGCUGUCAGGUUGUGUCAGGCGUGUUUAAGCAUGCCCUCACCAGCCUGGGCUACCACCGAGUUGUUGAGAUUCCCCAAGGAGCCACAAAAAUCAACAUCACCGAGAUGUACAAGAGCAACAACUAUUUGGCCUUGCGAAGUCGUUCUGGCCGCUCCAUCAUCAACGGGAACUGGGCAAUUGACCGGCCUGGAAAAUAUGAGGGGGGAGGGACAAUGUUCACCUACAAGCGUCCAAAUGAGAUUUCAAGCACUGCUGGAGAGUCCUUUUUGGCCGAAGGUCCCACUAAUGAGAUCUUGGAUGUCUAUAUGAUACACCAGCAGCCUAACCCAGGAGUCCACUAUGAGUACGUCAUCAUGGGGACCAACGCCAUCAGCCCACAGGUGCCACCUCACAGGAGACCAGGGGAGCCUUUCAAUGGCCAGCUGGUCACAGAAGGGAGGAGCCAGGACGAGGGAGAAGAGAGGAAUGAGGAGAAGGAAGGUGUGCACGGUGGGGCACCUGAAAUGUUCACCCCGGAAUCAGCACACACCUUCCCAGUCAGGCAUCCAGAUAGAUUUUCCUCCCAUCAUCCAGACAAUUUGGUGCCACCGGCACCACAGCCCCCACGGCGAAGCCGGGAUCACAACUGGAAACAGCUUGGGACGACGGAGUGCUCGACGACCUGUGGGAAAGGAUCGCAGCACCCUGUUUUUCGCUGUGUGCACAGAAGCACUCACGAAGAGGUUCCUGAGAGCUACUGUGACUCCAGCAUGAAGCCGACCCCCGAGGAGGAGCCCUGCAACAUCUUCCCUUGCCCAGCCUUCUGGGACAUUGGGGAGUGGUCUGAGUGCAGCAAAACCUGUGGCCUGGGCAUGCAGCAUCGCCAGGUUCUGUGCCGCCAGGUGUACGCCAACCGAAGCCUGACGGUGCAGCCCUACCGCUGCCAGCACCUGGAGAAGCCCGAGACCGCCAGCACCUGCCAGCUCAAGAUCUGCAGCGAGUGGCAGAUCCGGACUGACUGGACCUCGUGCUCGGUGCCCUGUGGAGUGGGACAGAGGACCCGAGACGUGAAGUGUGUGAGCAACAUUGGGGAUGUGGUUGACGACGAGGAAUGCAACAUGAAGCUCCGGCCGAAUGACAUUGAGAACUGCGACAUGGGACCCUGUGCGAAGAGCUGGUUCCUCACGGAGUGGAGUGAAAGGUGCUCGGCGGAGUGUGGGGCUGGAGUGCGGACCCGCUCGGUGGUGUGCAUGACCAACCACGUCAGCAGCAGCCUGCCCCUGGAGGGCUGUGGGAACAACCGCCCUGCUGAGGCCACCCCGUGUGACAAUGGGCCCUGCAUGGGCAAGGUGGAGUGGUUUGCGGGGAGCUGGAGUCAGUGUUCCAUCGAGUGUGGGAGCGGGACCCAACAGAGGGAGGUGAUUUGUGUUAGGAAGAAUGCAGACACUUUUGAAGUGCUGGACCCCUAUGAAUGUUCCUUCCUGGAGAAACCCCCCAGCCAGCAAUCCUGCCACCUCAAGCCUUGUGGGGCCAAAUGGUUUAACACAGAAUGGAGCAUGUGCUCCAAGAGCUGCCAGGGCGGCUUCCGGGUCCGGGAAGUGCGCUGUCUGUCAGACGACAUGACCUUAAGUAAUCUCUGUGACCCUCAGUUGAAACCAGAAGAGAAAGAAUCUUGUAACCCUCAGGACUGUGUCCCUGAAGUUGAUGAAAACUGCAAGGACAGGUACUACAACUGCAACGUGGUGGUCCAGGCACGGCUCUGCGUCUACAACUACUACAAGACGGCCUGCUGCGCUUCCUGCACUCGCGUGGCCAACAGGCACCCCGGCUUCCUGGGGAGCAGAUAACACCCUGCACCCCAUCAGGAGUGCGGGUCGGGGCGUCUCUGAGCAGUGGGACUGGUUGGCUACUGCUCCACCAGGGGCUUCCUGGCUCAGGGCGCUGCCAGCCGCGUGUAAAGUGUACACGUGGUGCCCAGGAGCAAAGCCACGGUUGUCCUUUGAGCAUCGCCAUAAACUGAUGGUCCCCUCCUUGGGAAACCUGGCACCUACUGACGGUGCUCCCUGAAACCAAGCGGUGGGGAGUGCGUGUAGCGCUCAGCCAGACUCCCGGCCUGCACUUUGUAAGUCAGCUGUUGGGCCCUGACCGGGUGCCGCCUCGUCCCUGGUGCUAUUGGCCUUUCCAAUAUCAGCACCCCUGGGAGAGUCAGAGGAGGCAGCGCCCCACCCCAGAGCCCCACGAAGCCUUGCUGAGACCCUGCUUCCCUGUUACCUCAGCCCGGCUGUGCUAUUUUCAUUCUCAAAGACAUUAGGCUGUUUUCCUGCCUUACAACACAAAUAUCUCAUGUCAGUAUAGUGCUUUAUUGUUUCGAAGGUGUAUUCACAGGUAUUAGCUCAUUAGCGGCUCACAGCACCCCAGAAUGGGAGGCAGGGAGUGACUCAUUAUCUUCAUUUUACUGACAAGAAAACUGAGACUCAACUUAGAUAAUUGACCUGCCGGGUACAGUCACCCGUUCAAUGUCAGAGCUGAAUCCCGACCCCAAUCAUCUGACCACAAAACCCCCACCACGAGGCCUUAGUCUUCGGUCUGCAGGAUGUGGGUUCAUUUCAGACCAGGAGGCUAAGCACUUUCCCAUCCAGCAAACAAAGCCCAGGCCUCUGAGUUCUUUCCUCUGGCCAAGGGUCAACUGUGUUCCCUGCAGUCAGUUGUUUCACAAGUCUGUUUCUAUUUAUCCCUUCCCCCACGAAGUCACAGAUCCUAGUUACAGGACUCUCUGCAGGUUUUCUUAAAUCCCAUCAGUAAUGGAAUUGUCCCACGAGACAAGGAGGCCAUUGGAGGGUAGCAAGGUGAUUUCGUGAAAUCCUGAUUCCAUUCCCCAGUGAUAUGUGCCUCCCAUGGAAUCGCACAUCAGCGUCCCUUUGGCCACAGAGCCUUUCCUGUCCCCAACCAGAUUUCCCGAGCACACAGCUCUGCACUCUGGGCUCUCCCCUUCCUCAGCUGUCUCUCCUGGGCUGUUUACCAUACAUCACCCAGUGGAAAGUCUAACCAACCUGUCCCAGCAAAAACCCUAUGUUUCUAUUAGAAAGAUACUCCCUUUGGUCUUUCUGGCUUGAUUUGUGGAUUUCUCUCUGUGACUUUGCAUCCCUCCUUUCCCCCAUGACUCACAACCCAUAUCCUCCCCUCCCAGACUUGAGCACUAAGAUCUACAUUAAUGCAGCCCGCCUGGGAGAAGGGGCUGGGAACUCCUCCAGGGAUGGCCGCAGCAACAGGGUCUUUCCUGAUUCACUUCCCCUAACUCUGUAAUCCCAGAGGCCUCAGGCUGGAAGGGAGUGCAGGGCAUACUGAAAGGUGAACUAUCUGAAAAACCAAUGAAGAAGAAGAAGAAAAAACACAUAUAUAUACAUAUAUAUGAGUAUGUAUAUAUAUUCUUUCACUCACUCAUCAUUAGGAAAAAUAUCAGCCUAAACAAUUAUGAGCUUAUAGAAAACUUACUUAUUUAGUACCAUGAUUCUGGGCCUGUUUCCCUUUGAAAGCACACCUGGAUUCUUAGCAAUUGAGUUUCUCCCAUGAGCCCUUUAACCUGAAAAUCUGCUAAUUUGAUGAUCAUUUGGAGCUUCUGGAAGCAGUAUCACCAGCCCAGUCUGAUGCGCUCCAUUAGGUUCCCACUAUCUUGGGCUUUCAGAAAUUCUAGUUGGCUUUUCUGUGGGUAUCCUUCUCUUCCUGGAGAGCCUCGGCGACCUCGUCCCAGAAGCACCCCCAUCUCUCCUGACUCUUCUGCAGCUCCUGCAAUAAGCAGCUGGGCAGAGGCCCAGAAUCCCAUGCCCACCAGGCACAAAGAAACCAGAGAAGCCAAGCGUCUGGUGGUUCCUUCCGGGGCCCACUCUCACCAUCGCUUUUCCUUCUCGUCACAGCAGAGUUUUUCCUUUAUGCAGCUGCUCUCAGAUCUUGCUGAACAAGCCAGUCAUUGGAAGGAUUACUUGAAAGAGGCUUUCUAUCCAUGCUGGAGGGCAGGGCAGGGUCAAUGGGUAGAAGAGUAGAAAGGCUGACUUCAGCUCAAAUUAAGGGAAAACCUUCUAGCCAUCGAAGCUGCCCAACAGAGGCAUGGGCCGCCAUACAUGAGUGAGCUCUCCAUCCUAAAAGGGAUUUCUCCAUUCGGUGGGAGGUGAACAUCCUAGGUCCUUUUAACUCAAGAUUCUUAUGACUGGGCUGGGUCAAUGGUGGCUUUGCCUCUUUGACGUCUAACGUUGUCCUGUGGCUCCCAAAUAUUACCUAACAAGGGACAGUGAUCCUUCCAUGAGGGCGGCCAUCCUGCCAGUUGUGGAAUUGAGUAGCGGCAAAUGGAUCAAUCCCGUGUCUUCAGGGGAGAAAAGUACCUUAAUUAGGGGUCUUUUUUCUCUUCCAGCAAAUAGUUGAGCUAUUCUUGGAGUUCAUUCAUCUCUGAAAAGGUUACAAAUUACUAGAACAGGGGUGUUAUCAACUUAUUUGUCUUAGAAAUCCAAUUUUUACUAGGAAAUUAUCCUUGUUUCUUGUAUCAAUAUCUCAAUGCCUUUGUCCUUAGCACAACACAUACCGUAUGGUCCUUUAGUGUUUCCAGUGAUAGCAUUCCUGGGGAGAGAUCUAAGGAGAGCUCACCUUUUGAUGACUCCCUCCCUCCAGAUAUGCCUCUUUGUCCCUUUCUUGGCACCCCUGUAUCUCACCCUCUCCUCUCCAUUGUCUGCCGUCUCCUUGUCAGUUCUCUCCAAGUUCCCUUGAGUGGCUGUAAUGCAGAACUGAAAUUUACAUUUUCAUCCUGCUUUCUUUUUUUCUGUGUACUGAAUUGCCUCAUUCCCUGCUCUGAAUUUUAAAAUUAGAUGAAUUAAAGCCAUCAUAUGUUUUUCUCACAAAAAUCAACGGACAUCCAAAUCGAAACCAAAAAUACAGACAGACAUAGUUUGCUUUUUCACUUUCUCUUACUUGAGAAGGAAACUGCACCCCUUGCAGCCUAGGCAAAGGCCAUUAACGCAGUUGACUCUUCCUAUCCUCACGUUGACUUGCAUUUCUCCCCAUAGAAAAGGAAUAGCAUAAAAAAUACGACACUAAAAAAAAGCUUGUAAACCCAGCCACUAGAGGGAGUCAGUUCAGUUCAUUAAAGGCAUGUUCAGUGCCCGCUGCUUUCCAGCUAAUCUGGAACCGAGAGGAGCAAGGCCCAUCCCGCCCUCAGGGAGCUACAGUGUGACGGGAGCACUCAGAACUGCCCCCAUCUGUCCCUUUGCCUUACUUCUCUGGUCAAUGGUUCUUGGACUUUUGUUUUUUCUUCAUUUCCUUGAGUAUGCAUCAUUUACUUAUCCUCAAAGUGUUUAGCAUUCAACACUCUUUUUCCUUUAUAGAGAACGGCCUUACAGAGGCAGGAAAAAUGAGAGAUGCUAGCUUAAUUUAUUUUUAUCAAGUUGUGUGGCAGAGAGAGAAAUCCAGAUGUUACUAGUACCUUUCUAAACCAGUGGUGCUUUUUUUUUUUUAAUAUAGGCAUUUUAGAAUUUGAACAUUAGUUUUCUAAUGUGGAAGACAUAAGUGGUAAAAAUAAACAUGAGUUCCCUUAAAACAGGGUGAAUAAUCAAAGCCGAAGGAACCUGGCAGGUGGAGGCCAACAUUUACUUCUUGUCAUAUAAAAUAUUUUUAAUAUGGCCUAGAUAGGAAAUCAGAUGCCUUACUGAUGAAAUUGGUGGAUGACACGAAGUCAGAGAGUUAAUGGCUUGAGUGACAGGUUCUGGAUCCAAAAAGAUCUGGGAGACUAGAACAAAACCUGCAUCUUAGAAAUUCACCAGGAAACAACAUAAAGUCCUAACUUUGGAUUAAAAAAGAAAAAAAAACUAUACAAGUUCAAGGCGGGAGAGACGUAAGUGUUUCAGUUGACUAAGCUUAAUGUGAGUCAAGAAAGUGGGAUGGAACCACCCAAAAAAAACACAGGAAAAGAAAAAAUGAGACAUUUAGGCUAUAGAAGGAGAAAACAUUGGUGAGAGUCAUACCACAUUGUGUUUGCGAUAGUCGGAAACUUUAAGAAGAAUAUUGAUAAUGCAUAACAUUCAGAUAAGCAUGCCCAAUCCUGAGGAGGGGUGCAGACUGUUAAAAACAGUGACAACGACUUCACGAGAGCAUUUAGCUUGGAGAAAAAGAGAGUUGGGAUAGUGCUAUGAGAGCCAUCCUAGGACCAGGAGGUAGAAGCUACAGGGAGGCAGAUUUUAGCUCUCGUAGAAGAACCAACUUUCUACAAGUGAGAGCCUUAGGAAGGUAGAAGGCUCUGUGGUCAGUGGUGACUGACCCAUCACUGGAGGUCUCAGCAGAGACUGAAUGGCCAUUUGUCAGGGAUGCUGGAGAGGGGAUUUGAGCACCCAACCGGAGCCACAUAACUUUUAAGGUCCUUUCCAAGUCUGAGCUUUGGUAACUCUGUAAGUAGAACAGCUUUAAGUGAUUUGCCUGGUCUGGGAUGGCAAGUCCACGGCACACUUCCAUUUCUUCCCAUUUCUAUAUCUGCCAUUUUGAACCCAGUGUGGCACCUCUCGCCUGAGCUGAAUGUGGCCUCACACCUCAGAAAACCACUAGCAGAUUGCUCAGAGCUGCCCUGCCUGGUCCUGCUUCAUAGAGCAGUAACCGAAUGUCCUGAUGGCUAGUUCCCUGUCUGGGGUCACACAACAGCUUGAUGGGGGCAGAGCCUUGACUAGACUAGGACCCUCUAAAGAGCAUCUUUCUUUCUCAACUCACCUUGCUUUCCUGCACCUUUCCUCGAGCAAAGUAAUUCUCUCCACCCUGAACCAUCCCACACUUCUGGUUCUAUUCAGUGGGUAACAGUGGGAGACUUCCAU